UUGCACCUGCAGGUAUAAAAGCGUUAACGUCGCCGACGAUUGGCGCAGUUCGCUCUUGUCUUUCUAACAAGAAUCAACAACCCCCUAACAAGUCAUCAUGUUCAAGCUGUACGUAUUCCUCGCCAUCCUGGCUUUUGCCAUGAGCGCACCUGCACCUGCACCUGCACCUGGCGGUCUACUACCUGCAGUUGCAGCAUACUCCGAACCCCUUGUGACUGCCACCAGCAGCCAGUACAUUGCUAGGAAUUAUAAUACUCUUGCUGCAGCUCCAUUGGCCUAUGCAGCUGCACCAAUUGCGUACAGCCCUUAUGCUGUUGCACCUGCGUAUUCUGCAUAUGCUGCCGCACCUGUUUUUCUAUGAUUCUUUUCUACUGGAUUACUGGAGGGUCCUUCAAAAAAAUACACGCUUGAUAACAUGAUUUGAUUUUAGAAUUAAGUGACAAAUAAAUUGUGCUACUUGGUGUAUAAAAUA